AUGGCGGCAGGCUCUCGGGCCCAAUCAGCUGGAUUGGCCUUUCAUGAACAGAUUAAGGCCAUGGUGGAAGCCAGUAAAGCCAGUUUGCCCCCCAUGCCGAUACUGACCAAACCUCUUGACCUGCAACAACUGGAGUCGAAAAUCGACGAGCUGCAUCUCGAACUUGAGGGACUCGACUCGGAUGACGAGGACAGCGAGGCCCAGCGCCAAGCAAAACAAGAGACGUUGGUAGCUCUGUCGAGUGAGUUAAGACCGCUUAAGACGGACUGGGACCGCACGUGCAGGGAUGCUCAUGUGGCGUACCGCUCCCAAGACGAGAUGAAAGCAAAUUCUCUCAUGAACAACAUCUUGAACUGUUAUAAACAUUUCGGCCUCCCCCUCAACGGCAACAUGGGCGUCGACACUUCGGCCCUAGGUCUCCCUGGAGAUUCGCCUGCUGAUGCUGAUCCGGACACACCGCGCAGGCCGCGAAUGCGAAUGAAGAGGGGAGGGGCGGUGCUCACUCCAGAUCGUAAUGGGGUUUUUGAGUCCGAGACGCGUAGCAAGAGGAAGAGAGCCCCCAGCUCCGCCAUUUCUCACAAGCGACCGCGCAUUCAAGGCAACAGAAAUUCCAUACAUUUCAAUGCCGUCUACCAAAACAAACGCGCCGCCAAGAAGCACACCAUUAUCCGGGUCCCCGAGAAUGAGGAUCAAGAUCCUGUGCGCCCGCCCAAGUUUUACAUCUUGCGAUGUGAGAAUCACGACAUCGACUUUAACGACAAUCCAUUACAGUCAGGUUUGGCUCAUUUAACUCAAGCCCACCAGCAUGAGAACCCUUCAUUUGAGACCGUUGUCCAGCUCUUUGGUUAUGAGCUUAUUGGCUGCGACGAUGAAAAACUCAUUCAAAACAACAAAGUCGCCAACGAGGCCUUUCAAAAAGGCCAAAAAGGUGCGCGAGACUUUAUUCGCGUCACUGAUUCGCCUACACCCAAAACAUCGCGCAAGAACAAAAACUCCAGCAACGCCUUGAAAAAGGGCAGGUCAAGUCGCAAGUCUCGAAACACCAUCAAUCCUCGCGACUUGGUUCCUGGAGAUGUCUACAUCAUCUACUGGUCCCAGUCAAAACAGUGGUAUUGCGGUCUGCUUAUCCCUUUGCAAGAUCCCGAAUCCGUUGGGAUAGAAGAGUCACUCGAGGCUUUGGGGCUACUUAACAACAUACCGCCGUGUUAUGAGUACGACAGCUCCAGCAAGUCAUUCUCCUGGGCAGAGGGUUAUGAAGAUGGAGGGGAGGACGCUUCGGAACAGCACUUUCCGUUCAUGUUCUUCGAGGGACUUGAUUUUCCUGACAUGUGCCAUGUUGCUUGGAUCCCUCUCGACGAAAUCCAACCUUGA